AUCGCAAAUGCUUCGAGCGGCUUCGAGAAUAUUCGUGUACAUUCGAGUUCGUACGGGAUUACGUGACGUCGCCGGUCUAUCUCUGGCAUGGCCGGAUCAUCAUCAUCUUUAUGCGGCGCAGCUGCGGAGAUAGUCAAUGAGCUGGUUGAAAAGCGAAAGAAUCAGAAAUUUUUCGUUAAUGUCGUCAAGAGCUUGCUUAAGUCCAAGUAAAACGAUUGAGCAGUCUAGUAAUAAAAUCUCGAGGUUUGUCUACCAAACACUAACGUGUGAAGAACAUUGUUUCUCUCUUAUUUUGAGCAACAUCGAUCAACGUCUUCGACGAACUUGUCUUGGAAAGUUGGAUUUUUGAAUUGGAUUUGGUAUUGAGAUCAACGUUUCGUUCGAACAGGACUUUGCAAUAAUCAUUGUCUACCUGUUCUCCCAGCUGUUCAAGAUUUUUUAUUAAAGAGGAGCCAUUUUAAGGACGAACAGCUUCCUUGUUACCUUUGUGAAGGUGAAGAAUAUUUCAUACCUGGUUGAGGAGACAAAGAUAGCCGUCACCUAUGACCAAGAUGGGGAAAGAUUAUUACAAGGUGCUCGGGGUAUCCAAGGAUGCCUCCGAUGAUGAAAUCAAGAAAGGCUAUCGGAAGAUGGCACUGAAGUAUCAUCCGGACAAGAAUAAAAGCAAAGGAGCAGAAGAAAAGUUCAAAGAAAUAGCAGAAGCUUAUGAAGUUUUAAGUGACAAGAAAAAGAAGAAAAUUUAUGAUAAAUAUGGAGAGGAAGGACUGAAGGGAGGUGCAGGUGCCCCGCAAGGAGAACAAGGAGAGAACUACUCUUGGUCAUUCCAUGGCGAUCCAAACGCAACCUUCACAAGCUUCUUUGGAAAUAGCAACCCAUUUGAAAUGUUUUUUAAUGUUGGUGGCAUGGGCGGCCAGCAGAACACUCGUUUUAACUUCGCCGGUGGCCAACCCGAAGCGAUGGACGUUGACGACGACUUUGGAUUUGGUGGGUUCCCGGGAGUCCACCAACAGCGAAGCAACAGUCAAAGGAAGCGCCAAGACCCACCAGUACACCAUGACCUAAGGGUCACACUCGAGGACAUCUUCCGUGGGUGCACAAAGAAAAUGAAAAUCAACCGUCGAGUGUUGAAUGAAGAUGGCCGAACGACGAGGACUGAGGACAAAAUCCUUGAAAUCAAUGUGAAACCUGGAUGGAAGGAAGGCACCAAAAUCACAUUUCCCAAAGAAGGAGACCAAGGUCCAAAGAAAACUCCUGCAGAUAUUGUGUUCACCCUCAAAGACAUACCACAUUCAGUUUUCAACAGAGAUGGGAGUAAUUUAGUCUACAAAGCAAGAAUUCCACUGAGAGAUGCCCUGGUAGGGACCAGCUUGAAAGUACCGACCAUCGAAGGACGAACAAUAACAGUCCCCUGCAAAGAAGUCAUCAAGCCCAACUCCAGGAAGCGGGUGACGGGCGAGGGACUCCCGUACCCCAAACAGCCCAGUCGCCGUGGCGACCUCCUCAUCACCUUUGACAUUGUAUUUCCCGACCAUCUACCGAGCACCACCAAGGAAAUCCUGGCCGACUGCCUCCCAGCGUCGUCGUCAUGAUGAGUUGUUCCCUGGAAUGUUUGUGAGGCCUCUUUGCAUCAGGGUUUAUCCCUCAUCACGAUGCCAUCAAACUCGUCAUUGCAAGAGACAUGGUAUGGUGUCUCUGAAUGGAAUGAAUGACUACAAGGAUAUGUGGGAGGGCCUCUCUGAGCAAGGUGUGGUGAAAUGAGCUUGAAUGAAAUGAAAGCUAGGAGGAUGUAUCUAUGUCUGCCACCAGGAUUAUGAAGACCAACAAAUCUACGAGCAAACUGUAUCGUCUAGAUCUGCUUACACACGAAGAAGAAUCUGGUGGUGUCCUUCAUGUACACUGUACAGCAGAAAAAAUAUCAUGUGGAUUUAUGCCAGAUUUCUCAAACAUAUGCAAUUUUAAAGGAAGCAAGCUAACAUAUUAUGCAUCAUUAAUUUUAUAACAUUACGAUUAUAUACAUAGAGUUGAUUGCUAAUCACUUUAUUAAAGGGUAUAUUUAAUAUUUCUGUUUGAUAUAGUACAGAGGUGUAUAUUGGUAUUUAUUGUGUUACUUUCAAAAAGUCUGAAAUUCUUUCAUUUUUUUUUUGUUGAACUAUUUUUAUAAAGACAAAAUGAUAUCCUGCCCGAGUUCUUUAUACAUGUGUCAGUGAAUCACCAUUUUAUUGUCUGUGACUUCAGUGGAGACUUUUCUUUCCUUUGUAAUGAACAAAGUAACAAGAAAUUGUACGGUGUCCUUGAUGAUCUAACAAAAAUUGAAAAUAAAAAAAUUCUAGAGCAUUAGAAUUAGUGAAUAGGAAAACUUGGCAUCAUUGUGAAAAUCUAUGACAAUAACACUCCUUAACUGUGAUAGUCAGAUGUUUGGGAUCGAAUCAAAAUAUAUGUACAAGCUGCCAAAAUAUGUAGUGUUAUUUCAGCCUUAAACUGGCUGUCUAUAAAUAUAUUCAAUUCAAUUCUUUUUUUCUUAGUUUCUGUUAUUGCAAAUUUCAAUUUCACUUUCAUUUUCAAAAGAAUCAAGAAGUUAUUUCCAAGGCUUUUUAUUAAAUUUUCUUUGUUGGGGUUGUAUAUUGUAUGUUCAUAAAUGAGAAAUGAUCAUAAUGAGUUAAAAGAAAUAUUUUUAUUUUUUUAAGUCAUAGGCCUACUAAUAGACCCAUACAUAUUUCUAAUUCCUUAAAAUCAUAUGAUAUGUUGUAAAGUUUAGUGAAAGUUUUAAAACAACUGAGUACAUGUCUGUAUAUAAAAGUAUUUAUUGUACAAAAGAUUGUAUUAUGUUUUAUUGAAACAGUGAGGUCAGUUGACAUAAUAAAGUUUUGUGCUUUUAUUUGAAAAAUAA